AUGUCGAGCUCGGUCCUUGCAAAAAGUCCUGACGGGAUCUACGACGGACGAGGAGCCUGGAUAUACGACUUCGUGGCCGAAGGCCAAACCUGUCCAUCUAAUUCCGACAUCGCCGGCAUUGGAGUAGUCAUCUCUUCUGUUCUGUGUUCAUUAUACACAGCCUUGGCAUCGAUCCUCCUCGCUGGUCUCGACGCCCGAUAUGGAAAAUCAACAACGCGAUAUGCUCGUUGCAGACACCUCCUCGUUACUUCCGUCACCGUUCUGGCAGACGCACAAGCCUUUAUGGGCCUCGCACUUCUCACGGCGGCAUACCUCAAUCUCACCCAAUAUCAGAACGCCAAUGCCUCAGUCCUAGACUUCCAGGACGCUCAUUUCACCCUCGCGGGACGCGAGUUUGAUGAUGCUCUCUCUCCGACCAGUUCACACUUGGCCUCUCUUCUCGUCUUGAGCCUGGACAGGUACAAAAUGACAACGCUCAUCCGAGUCGGUGUCAUUAUAUCCUUCGCCGUGUUCCUAACGAUUACCAUCGACGUAUCAGAAUAUGCGUUCGAGCCAGCUUUUAUCAUGAUGGAGCGUGUGUUGAUCGAUUAUUUGCAUUUCUCGAAGGGAAGCGAGAACAUCCUCGAGUAUUUUGCACCGCCAAUGGCCAUGGCCUGGAUCUUCUGGAUUUCCGUGGCCCAGCUGCUCGAACCCUGGAAAGAUUGCUGGCUCCGGAAGCCAGCUCGGCUCAGACGCCAACGAUACUGGCAACUUGCCAGGCUGGCCAAGGCAGUGAUACGCUUCUUAGUGUUCGGCCACCCGCUCGCUGUGUUGUUACUACAAGUUUGCUUCGCUGGAGUUUCCGUUGCAUGCGCUCUUCUCCAGAAGUUUACGCCCGCUCCGAGUCCAACGACCUCUGAUAUCGCGAAAGGAGUUGGACAAUGGUGCAGCCUGAAUAAUGCCCAGGACAACGCUUGGGGAUUCGGACAGACGAGUGCUCUGAUUGUGUUAAUUAUCCCUGUUUACUCGACGGUUCAUGAGUUCUUGGACUCGAACAGAGAACGGCAUGCGCAUCCAGAGCAAGAGCUGGAAGAGGCGAAGAUUUGCAAAUGUUUAUGGCAGACAAGCACGACUAGUACUGCGUCUUCUCACGGGCAGAAUAGUAUAGUAUGA